AUGUGUGCCACAUUGAAUCUGUGUGUGUUUGGUUUGUCUCCCAGGUUGUCCAUCGGGGUGGAGCUGCUGAGGAAGAUGGGAUGGAAGGAGGGUCAGGGCGUCGGGCCUCGUGUGAAGAGGAAAGCUCGUCGACAGCAGACGGAAGGUGAAGCCAGACCUUACGGCUGUGUGCUGCCCCCUGCUGGUUCAGAGGACUCAGAGGACGGCGACGAUGACGACUUUGGUCCAGAGAACGUGACCUUUGCCCCGAAGGACGUGACUCCGGUGGACUUCACCCCCAGGCUAGGAGUUCAGGGUCUGGGGUACCGUGGCCUGGACCCGGGUCGGGCGCUGCUGGGCCGCGGUGCCCCUGAACACAUCAACCUGUUCAAACCUCAUUCUGAGACGAGGAGUCGACUGUUCGGAGGCGCACAGCAAAGCUCCCGCAGGGGAGGAGUGGCUGGACAGGCGUUUGGUGUUGGUGCCCUGGAGGAUGAUGAUGAAGACGUGUACCACAGAGACUCCAUGUCCAGGUACGACACGGAGCUGGGAGGAGAGGAGCCCGGAGACGGACUGUACGGCUGGACGGCUCCACAGCAGUACACCAAGAAGAGAGAUAAAAACAAAGAUGCGUCGUACCUUGGAAAAAUCUUGGAAGGUUUCACUUUGGCUCAAAAAACAGUCGAGGACAAAACAAUCUUCGCUCCCCCCACUCUGCCCCGUGACUACAGACCCGUCCAUCGCUUCAAUCCGUCCGUCCCCGUCGCUCGUCUCUCUGGGGUCAGUCCUGCGCUGGCGGAGGCUUUGAGGACCUCCAGGGGCCACAUGGUUAAAGAGGAGCCCCAAGAAGGAGGACGGCACCAGAUGGACUCCAGCCAGAGGGGGGUGCUGCUGGGAGAGGAUGCCCUGCAAGGUCCCAGUUCAGUGAUGGAGCUGCUGAGGCCUGAAGACAGAGAGCGACUCCUCAACCUCCGCAACUCCUCCAACACGCCCUCCGCCAAUGCUACCGCCAGCGACUCCCGUCGUGCCGUCAGCUCAGGUGGGUCGAUGGCGGGGUCACUGACGGGGUCACUGACGGGGUCACUGACGGGGUCACUGACGGGGCUGUCAGCUCAGAGCAGCGCAGCCACCUGCUCCCCCGGCCUCCAGCAGCAGCAGGAGGCUCUGGCGUCGUGGCGAGGUGUCCAGUCGUCGGCGCAGACCUUCAGACCGUUUGACAACAACCCCAGCAAACAGGCCCGUUACGAGCUGUACCUGAACUCCCUCAGACAGGGAGACAAAGACGCUCUGGAGCAAAGUGUGGACUCGGGUAUGACCGAGUGGGAGCGCAGCAGGGAGAAGGAGGAGUUUGUCCGAUCCUCCAUCCUGUACCGACCCACGUCCACGUCGCUCUCGUCCCGCUUCACCAGAGCCAAAGACAAGGAGAGCGACAACACGGUGGAGGUCAGCCGGGACCAGGAGGGCGACGUGGACGACAAACAAGCUGCUGUCAAGAUGAAGAUGUUUGGAAAACUGACCAGGGAAACGUUUGAGUGGCACCCGGACAAGCUGCUCUGCAAGAGGUUCAACGUCCCCGACCCGUACCCCGGGUCUGGCAUGUUGGGUCUGCCGAAGGUCAAGAGAGACAAGUUUUCUGUCUUCAACUUCCUGACUGUGACGGAGAGCAGAGAGACUACAGCUCCUCCAAAGUCUCCCGAGACGAAGAAGAAGUCGAGGUGGGAUGUUUCAAACCAGAAGAAGAUGAAGGAAGAAGAAGAGGAUGAGCUGCAAACCCAACCUGCUUUACCCGCCUGCAGCCACAGCAACGACCGGACUGAAGACACCACGGAGCCGGAGGAUCAGCAGAGCUCAGACAAGAAGAAGGAAGGUGAGGAGGAGGAAGAAGAGGAGGAGGAGGAGAGCAGACCUCCUAUGGAUCUGUUUAAGGCCAUUUUCGCCGGCUCGUCUGAUGAGAAGUCGUCUUCAUCAGAGGCAGAGUGUGAUGAGGAGGAGGACACGAAGGAGGAAGAGGGAAAAAUCAGCACACAGCCUCUGAACCUCUUCAACAUCUCAAAUGUCAAGUCCUCCAUCACGUCCUCCUCCACCUCCGUCACCUCUGCCACCACCUCCACCAGCCAGACAGUGAAAGCCGUGGUUUUGAGUCAGAGCUCGUCCCAGGAGGAGUUUGGUCCGAAGCUGCCGCCUCGUUCAGCUGCUCUCAUCAGAGGAGGCGCCACCUCGAUCCGCUCCCCCAGAGAAGAAGAGAAACCUCGGAGGACGAGCAAAGAGAAGAAACACAAGAACAAGAAGCAGCACAAAGACAAGAAGAAGAAGAAACACAAGAAGCACAAACACAAAGCGAAGCAGCAGAAGAAGAGUAAGAAGGAGGAGUCGGAGAGCAGCAGCGACGACGACAGAGAUGAGGACGGUGACGGACAGGUGUCGACUGAGGAGCUGCUGAAAAGACUGAAGAGCGUCCAGUCGCAUCAGACGAGGUGAAGCAGAACGUUUGUCCUCUGUGAGGACGACCAGCUCCUGUCCCCGUUUGCACUCACUUCAUUUUAUUCCUAUUUUAAAUAAUAAAAUGUAUCAUCUAGUGCUGAUGUA